UAGUGCGCGUUCGUGGGAUCGAAAAGCAUGAAACGCAUCGCUGCGUUGUUUGCGUGUUGUUUAACGAAAAAGUGUAGAGUGAAUUAGUGCGCGUUUACGACAAACAAAAUAUUAAUCAUUCUCAUACAUACCCGUAUGUAUGUAUAUGUGGCAUGUAAUAUUUGCUAAUAUAGCAGAAAACGUUUUGAUAACAAAAAAAAAGUAUCUAAAUUGUGUAAAAAAUAAAAUAACCAAUAAAAAAUUACGUGCAAAAAAACUGUAAAAAGUGCGCAAAUUAAACUUUUUGCUGACCAGCCAACCAACCAACCAACCAACCAACGACGAUCGACCUCCUUUUCGCAAACGUCAUAAACUUCAAUUUUACAUCUUACAUUUCGCGCGCGUCCGUUGUAAUUAUGGCCGCUACACCGCUGACCCUGAUGGAUGCCGGCCUCGCAUCAUCCACGCUUACAACAGACAGCAACACUACAACUGCUGCAACAACUUUAGAUACCAAAAGCAGCAAUAAUACAAUUGCAACAUCACCUUCAUCCGCCGCCGCCGCCGCCACUGCCACCCGGGCUGCGAGCUCUACCUCUGCUUCAUCAGCCAUACGACCAACAAUGCUAUUUGGCUCUAUUGAGCGCUUAGAUACAUCCGCUAAUAUGUUAGUCUCACCAAAUGGCAGCAGCGGUGGUAAUUCCGCCGCUACAUCGCCCUCAUUUCUGCCGGAGAUGCCGCAGUGGAAGAAAGAUUUAAUACAACGUCGCAAAUCGAAUGUGGCACGUACGAUUGGUGCGGCGGGCGGUGUGUUAGUAUCGCCGACAACUGCAACAAUGCAACAACAACAACAACAACAACGGCUAUCGUUGACGUGUGGCCAACUGCUAUCGCCAACAGCAGCAACAACAAAUGCAGUUUAUUUUCUCUAACUCAGUAUCGUUGGGAACUGGGUUAUAAAAUCAAAGUGAG